AUGGCGACCGCCGCUGCCCCCGACUCUUCGCUCCUCUCUCUCCUCUACCGCUCGUACCCCAACGUCAUCUCCCCCGAUGCCACCGAGCCCGAUUACCUCCACGCCACUCCCAAGAUCUUCUCGCAGACCUCCUACACCAAACCCGAGGAGGCUGAUGUCAAGCAAUGGCUCAACACCGUCUCCGGCCUGAAGAAUGCCAUCGCCAAGGAUGAGAAGCCCGUGCUGGAGAGCAUUUUGGCUCAGCUGAACACCCACCUGGCCACCCGCACUACCCUGCUCGGCGCGAAGCCCUCGGUCGCCGAUGUUGCCAUCUACGCUCUGGUUGCCCCGCUGGUCGAGAAGUGGUCACCCGAGGAGCGCACCGGUGAGAAGGGAUACCACCACGUCGUUCGUCACAUCGACUUUGUCCAGAACUCCAAGGUUUUCUCUCUGCAGAUCCCCGAGGAGGAGAAGGUUGUCAUUGACGUGAACGACGUGCGUUUCGUGCCCAAGCCCAUCGACCCCAAGGAGGAGAAGGAGCGCAAGAAGCGUGAGAAGGCCAAUGCCCAAAACCCCGAGGCUGCUGCUGAGAAGCCUCUUGUCGUCGGCCAGGGCAAGCCCGGCAAGGACCAGAGCAAGGCUGCUGAGGCUGCCGCCAAGGAGAAGGCUCCCAAGGCCCCCAAGGCUGCUCCUGCCCCCGCUGCUCCCCCCUCGCCCUCCAUUAUCGACCUGCGUGUCGGCCACAUUCUGCGCGCCAUUAACCACCCCAAUGCCGACUCCCUCUUUGUCUCCACUAUCGACUGCGGUGACGCUCCCGGCUCCGACAACACCUCUCUGGAUGAGGAGACCGGCAAGACCGUCCGUACUGUCUGCUCCGGUCUUAACGGUCUGAUCCCCCUGGAGGAGAUGCAAGGCCGCAAAAUCGUUGCUGUCUGCAACCUGAAGCCCGUGACUAUGCGUGGCAUCAAGUCCGUAGCCAUGGUUCUGGCUGCCUCUCCCCGUGUCCCCGAGGGUGGUGACGCCCACGCCGGCCCCGUCGAGCUUGGCUGGUCCGAGGGUGAGCCCGAGAAGCAGCUCAACCCCAAGAAGAAGGUCUGGGAGACCUUCCAGCCUGGAUUCACCACCAACGGUGAUCUUGAAGUCUGCUUCGACAGCAGCGCUGUCCCCGCCGUUGCCGGCCAGGAGGGCAAGCCCGCCAUCGGAAAGUUGACGACUGCCUCUGGUGUUAUCUGUACCGUCAAGUCCCUGAAGGACGCUACCGUGCGGUAA